UAAAUAUUUUUUUAGUGCUCCACAUUCCAGUAGUUGUCCAAUGUCUUGUUAUCCAUUGUAGCUAAUUGGUAGGUUCCAGCACGAAUAACCCUUUAUACGCGGUAUGACCCUUCCCAAUUCUUGGCCAAUUUUCCUCCCUUUGUGGGUUGGCUCUUCUCUCUUUUCCUCAAAACCUAGUCCCCUACCUCAAAGGCCCGAGCAUCAUCUCCAUCGCUCUUUUAUUUAUUGCUUAACCUACGAGAAUGAAGAGAAGAAACCAAAGAAGAUAGUUGAUGUUGGAUGUGGAAUUGGAGGCAGUUCUCGGUUCUUAGCAAGGAAAUAUUCCGCCAAAUGUCAAGGCAUCACUCUUAGCCCAAACCAAGCACAGAGGGCUCAGGCUCUAGCUGAUGCCCAGGGACUAGGAGAACGGGUUUCUUUCCAAGUUGCAGAUGCGCUAAAUCAGCCCUUCCCAGAUGGAGAAUUCGAUCUCGUCUGGUCCAUGGAAAGCGGAGAACACAUGCCUGACAAAGCCAAGUUUGUGUCUGAGCUGGCAAGAGUGGCAGCCCCUGGCGGGACAGUGAUAAUAGUGACAUGGUGCCACAGGGAUCUCUCCCCAACAGAAAACUCUCUGCUUCCCCAAGAGGAAGAGCUGCUUAAAAAAAUAUGCAAUGCCUUCUAUCUCCCCGCUUGGCGUUCCACUGCGGAUUACGUUAACUUGCUCAAAUCUAACUCUCUUCGGGACAUAAAAGUCGCGGAUUGGUCUGAAAAUGUUGCUCCCUUCUGGCCAGCAGUGAUCAAGUCUGCUUUGUCUUGGAAGGGCAUUACCUCACUUCUAAGGAGCGGAUGGAAAACAAUUAGGGGAGCAAUGGCAAUGCCGCUGAUGAUUGAAGGAUACAAGAAAGGUCUGAUCAAAUUCACUAUCAUUACUUGUCGCAUACCGGACAGAUAUGAAUGAGUAAAGCUUGUGAUGUCAACUCAUCUUUGGUGGAUUAUAUUAUUAUUAGUCCUCUAUUUUUCUUUUAUGUGUGUGUGUGUGUGUUUAUCAUGUGUUAAUAUUCCUUCCGGAAUCUUAUUUCUUAUUUUGACUGGGCAUGAUUUUUAAUGUGUUGAGAUGUUCCAGAUUCGUAGGUACAACCGUGAACAUCAAUGCCCCAUCGAUGCGCGCCAAGGCAAAACACGU